AUGGCUCGGGAGAUCAUAGAGAACAUAGAUCUAGACUAUAAUGAGAGUAUUAUCUCCCUGGAUGUCAAAAGUUUGUACACUAAUUUCCCACUAAAGGAGGUAAUAGAUAUAGCACUGAGGAAACUGUACGAACAAACUAGUCCUCCUAAACUGGCACGCGGAACUAUGAAGAAAUUGUUGAACAUGGCUAGAUGUAAAGAGCAGCGAGAUCAAGAAAAACCAACAGAAAAUGUCAAAGCGUUCCUAAGAUAUGUAGAUGAUAUAGUGAGGACGGUAAAGGGGGAUCCAGAUAUAGUGUUAAAAGCAGCUAAUGAGCUCCACCCCAACUUACAAUUCACUAUCGAAAAUCCGGAUUCGAACGGAGACUUAGCCUUUCUAGAUUUGAACAUUAAUGUGGACUCACGAAAAAAGAAAGAUCUUCUGUCCAAAUCCAAACAGAAGGAAGAGGAACGUACAUCUUCCUAUAAGAAACUGCAUAUUAAGCCGCCUCUGGAAAUUGAAGUUCUAACGUUGUUUCUUGAUAAUCGGGGAGGAAUUUCAGACAAGUUCUCCGAGAAACUGCGGAGGAUUGCAGAUGGGCCGGUCGUUUCUGAGACAGUGACAAGAUUACUGGACCCAACAUCGAAGAAGGCGCAGAAUAGGGACAGCGGCGACAAGAAGAAACACCGAAGAACGUUGUUUCUUGAGUAUCGGGGAGGAAUUUCAGACAAGUUCUCCAAGAAACUGCGGAGGAUUGCAGAUGUGUCUGCUAUUUUCACGACCCAAAAGUUGCCGAAUGUGUUACCAGCUCUAAAAUGCCAAGUACCGCCAAUGCUCAAUAGUGGAGUGGUGUAUCAAAUUGAUUGUUCUGGCUGUCGGGCCAGCUACAUCGGUAAAACCGAUCGACAUUUUGCCACUUGGCUCUCAGAGCAUCUCAAGCGAACAUCUCCACUAGGAGAGCAUUUUCUGAAUUGUGUCGGGCAUAUGAAAGAUGUGUAG